AUGAAAAACGUUGUGUUGGCCCAGGCUUCUUGCAGUGUUGCAUCUACAGCAGAGUGCUUGAAAGGAUGUGAGCUUUUCGUUGAGGACAAUGUGUCGAAUGUAGUUUAUUUUGUCAAUCAGGAUAAUAUUGUUAUACUGGAUUCUGAGCUGAUGCUCAAAGACGUUGUCCAGUGGAAUGACCAGUUCGAUUCCAGUCCCGUUAAAGCGGAUUUGCUGCAAGACUCAAAUGAACUCUGCAUAAUACUGCGUAAUGGGCAAGUAAUCACAAUGGAUAUCGAGUCUCGUGCGAUAUGCAGUGCCUGUUUCUUAGGAGAAGAAUGCUCAGUAGCGUCAUGGAGUCCUGAUCAAGUCAUUUUGACAGUUGUUGAAGGAGGCAGAGUCGUCUUCUAUGACCGAUGUUUUGAGAUCAGUGCGGAAUGGAAUACAACAAGCUGUGAAGCCGGUAAAGAUUCACUUGUUUCAGUUGGUUGGGGAGCUGCUGAAACACAGUUCCAAGGCAGCGCUGGAAAGGCUGCACGUGAAAAGGUUGUCGAAGUUGUGCGUACUGCACUUCCUAAUGACACACAUAAACCCUAUAUAAGGUGGCGUGCGGAUGGCCAAUAUGUGGUUGUGUCGUUUCACGAGGAACGAUCUGGAGAACGACGAAUAUUCAAUCGUGAUGGCGAAUUGAUGGCACGACUGAAAAAUGUAGAACCACUAGAAGAGGUUAUUGCUGUACGACCUACUGGAAAUUACAUUGCCACAACCAAGCAAAAUGAAGAUGGUAAUCGUGCGAUGGUGUUCUAUGAAAGGAAUGGUGAGAAACGUCAUGAAACGGUGAUGCCAAGUAAAGUCGGCGAAUCUCAGAUGAUUGAUUUGCAGUGGGACAUCGAUUCAUCUUGUUUACGUGUUCACUUACGAACUGAACAUGGUGACGAAUUAGAGAUUUGGACAGAAUCAAAUUACGAUUGGAAACGUCAGUGGACCUCAAGGUUCCCUCAGAAGAUUGUUGACUGCCAAUGGCACGCCGAAAAGGGCAGGCAUAUGUGUGUGCUUUUUGACGAUGGUUACUUUGCACAGAUGGUCUUUGCUCUGAUGCCUAUUGUUGCGGGCACUGAAUCGCUGGUCAUAGCUACAGAUGAACUCCGUUUUACCAAUUUCAACAAGUUUCCUAUACCACCACCACUUUGUGACUUUUCGCUUCCACAUAAUGGUGGUGUUCAUGCUGCAUCCUACGACGGUUCACGCUUAGCUGUAUUGGACGCUGAUUGCACAGUGCGCACUUUUCCGACGCUUUUGCUCAUUGAUGAGCUCAGUUGGGCAGUCAGUACGCUAGCAUCGCGUACGCUGCAAAUAGCAAUAGUUGAAACAAAAAAAAUAAAAUAA